AUGGCUUCCACGACUGGCACGGCACCCAUCAAAGCCGAGUACUUGCUCCCUGUGCGUCGCGAGAUUGUCCCCGACGAUGAUCUGGCCGAAGGAUCCACCAACCAUCCCACCCGCGGUGCAUCGGACACCACUCAGGACCAGGAUACCGAAGCACACGGAGGUGCUCCACAAAAGCUCACUGGUGCCCAACGUCGGAAGAUCGCCAAGGAGGAAAAGAGAAAGCGGCAGGGCGCGAACAAGGGAAGACGAUGGAAUAAGGUCCACGACGAAGUCAAUCUUUGUUGGCGGCUAGCGGCUGGACAAAUGUGCGAAUUCGGGGCAGAAUGCCGAUAUGCGCAUGAUAUACCUGCCUACCUCUCGCAGAAACCUAGAGAUCUGAGGUUUCCGCCGAUCUCCAGGCUGUCUCAUGUCGCUCCGUUUGUCUCCCCAGCUCCAGAUCAUGACACGGAAGUCGACGCGGAUUAUCCUACCGUCGAUUUUCAUACAUCCUGCCCGAUUCAUGAAGAAGUAGGAUAUUGCAGGUUUGGAUUGAAAUGCCGGUUUCUUGGUGGUCACGCCCGGAAGAUCGAGGAUGGAUCUCUCGAGCUGGAGGUCGAUGAAGAGAGGAAAGCUCGCGCUGCCUUGACUACAACGGAGUUGAACUACAUCGGCAGCGAUGUUAUGAAGGCACUUCGAACGAAGAAGGCGUGUUCUGCCAUCUUGUACCCUCGACCAAUAACUGAGGCCUACUUGCAAGAACUACAAGAGAGCAAUCAGGACAAACCCGAGAAGAAUGAGGUUGUAGAAGAAGACGGAGUCACAGAACCCACAUUUUCUGAGCCCGUCUCUCUGUCAGAACCGCUACCUCCCGCCUCUCCUCUCACCGAGAUUGCAGACUCACAAAAGGAUACGCCAGACGUCCCGAUGCGUCUAGCUGAGAAAAAGCGCUUGCAUUGGCGGGAAAAAGCAUAUCUCGCCCCUUUAACUACCGUAGGAAACCUGCCGUUUCGCCGUUUAUGUGUCUCUUUGGGAGCAGAUAUAACUUGCGGAGAGAUGGGACUUGCUACUUCAUUUCUGACCGGUUCCAAAGAGGAAUGGUCUCUGGUUCGCCGGCACCCGUCCGAGAGCACUUUCGGCGUACAGAUCGCAGGCAGCAAGCCAGCGACGAUGGUGGCCGCUGCAGAAGUCAUCGGUCGCGAAUGCCGAGACACUGUCGACUUUGUCGACAUCAACUGCGGUUGUCCCAUCGACUUGGUCUUCAAGACUGGCAGUGGAUCAGCUCUUCUAGAAUCCCCGAGCAAGUUAAGCAAAAUCAUCGUGGGCAUGAACAGAGCACUUGGCGAAAUCCCUCUAACGGUGAAAUUGAGAACGGGCGUCAAAGAAGGGAGAAAUAACGCUCAUAAGCUUAUGCCAAGAUUGUUAGAUAGCGGCGUGUCCGCCAUGACGCUCCACGGUAGAACUCGCCAGCAACGUUAUGCCAAACUUGCAGACUGGGAUUACAUCAAGCAAUGCGUGGCAGCUGUUCGCGCCAAAGAAGAAGAAGAGAACUUGCCCCCCGUGCCCAUUUUCGGAGGUGGCGAUUGUUUCUCCUCUCAGGAUUUCUGGCAAGAUAUAGAACAUAGCGGCGUUGACAGCGUAAUGGUGGCCCGCGGCGCAUUGAUCAAACCAUGGAUUUUCACCGAAAUCAAGGAACGGAGGGAAUGGGAUAUCAGCUCUCGCGAGCGACUGGAACUCAUCCGCAAGUACGCAGAGUUUGGUCUUCAUCAUUUCGGGUCGGAUACGGCCGGCAUCAACACUACAAGGCGCUAUCUUUGCGAGGCGCUAUCGUUCCAAUAUCGAUACGUUCCCAUCGGCCUAUUGGAGGUUUUGCCCGGCAAGCUCAAUGACCGUCCCCCGGCUUUUCGGGGCCGCGAUGAUCUGGAAACCCUACUUGCUAGCGACAAUAGUGCGGAUUGGGUCAAAAUAUCUGAAUGGUUCCUGGGUCCCGCUCCAGAGUCCUGGACGUUCACGCCCAAGCACAAGAGUAACUCGUACGAGAGUCAGGGAUAA